AUGUUUAACAAAAGUAGAAGAUCGUACGAUCGUAUGCAUAAAGAAAGAAUUGUCAGUGACUCAGUACGUUCAGUUGUUGAUGUAAAUCAAGAAGCAUCUGCUGCUAAAAUGAUUGGUGAUAGUCAUCGUCAUUUGCCACUUGUUACACUUGGCGACAAUGUGAGAGUUCCAGUGCCAUUAAUGAAUAGAUCUCGUGCUGAUCCACCAAAUGUUCCAGGUUUGAUUAUCAAAGAAAUCAAUGGAAUGUAUAAAACUGGUUGUAGAGGUGGAACAAUUAAUCGUCUCUAUGCUCGUAAUCAAUUUGAGAAAUGUGAUUCAAAAAUAUUCAAAAUAGCUGAUAUUAACCUUGAAGAACGCAGUUUAAGAGAUAUUGUUGAAAAUGAAUCUGUUCUUGGUGGACAAAAAGUUCUUAAAAGUAAUUGUAAGAAAAGUUGUUUAGC